UGACACAUUUUUUUCUGACGGUUUAUUAUUACAAAGUUUAUUAUUUCAAAUAUACAUCUAUUGUUACGCGGGAAACGAAGUAAUGCUAAAAAGUUUAAAAUUAGCGGACGUUAUUGUCACUGUAGAUUGGACAAUGCUAACAAAGAAAACAAAAGAAGGACUCGUUUUAAUAGCAGUAAGAUCAAAAAAGCCGAUUGUCAUUACUGGCGGUCCUAUGAUUUCCAUGACAUUGAAUACUUUUGUUACAAUUAUGAGAACAUCUUAUGCUGCGUACAACUUACUUCAGAGUUCUGGUGCCUAACAUUUAAAAUAAAGAUAGAUUUUAAAUAGAUCCCUGUAAAAAAAAAUAACGAAGUUUAACUGUUAACAUUUAUACCC